GGUCCGCUUCCUAUUACGCACUACCAACGUUUUUGCCUACCACGUCAAUCGUAAAAAGGCAGACAGCACACUGUCUGCAUUUAACUAGACUAAAGUAACGACCAUCACGAUGUCAGCUACAGCUCGCGCAGAGGCUCGUCGCAAAGCUAUUCUCAGCAGAGGAAAUGACCGCCUGUCGAAAUUGACGACGACUGCUCGCGGAGAAGAUGCUCCAGCUUAUUUGAAUGCUGAUAUCCCUCCCAGAGCUGCAGCUGCUAGUUUUGUGGGCGAAGGGCCGAGUAUACCUCCACCACCAGACAUGCAUCCCCCGUUCUCUUUCGGACAAGCAGGCCUUGGCGGAGCAGCACCCGACCCAUCCGUUUGGUCAGAAGAGCAUCAAAAGCAGUUCUUUCAAGCUCUCAUGGGUGGCGCAGCCAAUUCUCCGCCAUUUCCUCAACCUCAGAUCUCAGCUGUGGCCUCCAAUGGAACAACUCCACCUCCUCCAGGUGAUCCUUUUGCUGCUAUCAUGAAUUCCUUGCAGCAAAUGGACCCGUCUCGUGGCGGCGCUACUGGAAAAGUACCCGCUCCUCAAGCACCUGCAAAGCCCCCCUCGAUCAUGCAGAAGUUCACGCCAUUGCUACACAUUUUGUGCACAUGGUUCAUUCUGGCAUUUUUUGUUCUUUUCAAAGAGCCUCAAAUAUUAGUCGAGCGCAGUGGUGGCACUUCGGAAAUUUUCUGGAAACGUUGGGCAGAGCUUGCCUGGAGAAGCUCUAGCAUUGACGGCUGGGGAGUGCAGUUUGUGCCGUUUAUGUGGGCGUUUAUGACUGUGCAAGUGAUGCUUCACUCCAUACGUAUAUACACGGGCAAUAACCAAGUGCAGCCUCCGGCUUUGUUGGCGCUAGCUCUGCCUCACUUGCCCCCACCAUUCCCAUCCAUCAUUACGAAUGGCCUGCGCUAUAUCAGGAUGGGAGGCGCUAUUCUUGAUGAUCUGUCGGCGGUUGUAUUUGGAAUUGGGAUGGUUGUGCUGAUCGCUGGAUGGUUCGCUGGAUGACUGGUCCACUCCUAUGUAAAUUCCGCCAGU